AUGUCGAAGCAGUGCUAUGCGCUGCACCUUCAGCAUGGAAAAUUGAAGUGGAUAUGCGCACACUGCGAGGCUCUGAUAGAGGAAUGUUCAUGCAUUCUGAAAGCAGCCUUGGUAGGGGCUGUGACCACCAGUUCACCACUAACCUCCAAUAUCCGCGAGCCGAGACCAGCAGCGAAGCAGGUGGAGGCGGUGAAGCCUGACGUUAAACAUACUAUGAAGGAAAGCAAUGGAAAGAAGAAAAUCACGAGCACAAAGAGAAAGAAACCUCUCAAAGGGGCUACGGUUAAACCGUUGGCGUCUAUAGAGGUGACUGCACGCGUAGAACGUUUGGUGAAAGAUCUCCAAGAACUUCAACGCAGCACACAAGCUCUACUGGGUCAAACGCGAAACGUACUGCUGCAUAACUUUGCGGAGCCAUUGAUUCGCGAUACUAAAGCGCGACGAGAGGCGGAUCGCAGACACGUUUAG